UCCAAAAACAGUACUAUUUUUUAUUAUUUGACACACUGAGUUCCAAAAACGCUGUUUUAAAAGUUCAAACUUUUUUAAACAAAUAUUUUUCUUUACAACCUACAAAGGCAUAGGAGCUAUCCAGAACAAGACAUUUUUUCAAUGCCAGAAAUGGAAGGCACUUUGCCACAACAAGAACAACAGAAGCAGCAGCAGCAGCUAGAGCAAGUGGCCGUGCCAGCCCAAGCAGCAGAGCCCUCGCCUGUGCCCUCAUCUGUGACCUCGUCGCGCUUCCGCGCAGCGGCCAUGGGUGCGCUCAAGGCGUCGAAGUCGCAGUCGCCUUCACCAUCCCCUCUCGUCAACGCAGUCAACGCAGCCAAGGAAGCGACGAAUGAAGCAGCCCCAAUUAGUGUCGGUACCACCGCUAAUGCAGCGGCGGUCAACAGCCAAGACCAAGACCAAGACCAAGAGCAGGAGCAGCUGCCGCCAACUGGGCCUCUUCCGCCACCACCGGCUGCCGCAGCGCAACAACAAUCGGGGCCCCUGUCGGCCGAGCAGAGCAGCAGCGUGGCAGAACAGACCGUGCCCCUGCGCGAGAUGAAGUCCAAGGCCAUAUACGACAUCGCGCGGACAAAGAUUUUGACGAAGCGCACGCUGUUCCGCCUGAGCACAGAGACUGGAUUCAUCAAGCUACGCGCCCGGCAGGCUGCAGCGGCAUCGGGCAAGUCAGGCUCUCCCGCCGCAGCAGGGGCAGCCGAGUCAGGCAGUGCGACGGCGGCGCAGGCCAAGGACGGCGGCGACGGCUCGGUCCGAUCAGUGGCCGGCUGGAAGGAGCAGGGCGCCAUUGACAGCGGGAAGAAGCCAGCGCCGGCGACCUCGCAGCCGUCAGUGUUCGACACGCUCAACACGUACAUCGAGCUCGUCGACCGCUCAGGCAUGUGGCGCAACUGCGCUGGCGUUUUCGGGCUGAUGCUGCUGACGUACGUGCUGACGGCGCUGAACUUUGGCCUGUUCGGGCUUGUCCUGGCGGCGACGUACGGCGCGCAGUGGUACCGCAACUCAAUCAUCCGGUACCGCCGCGCGGUCAAGGACGACCUGGAGCGCGCGUACGAGAGGGCGACGAUCACGCGUUCGCUCGAGAGCGUCGGGUGGAUGAACGAGUUUGUCACUCGGUUCUGGCUCAUGUUUGAGCCGUCGCUGAGCCGCAUGGUUAUUGACACCGUCGACCCGAUCCUGGCGCAGAACGCGCCUGGGUUCCUGGACUCGCUGCGGCUGACAACGUUCACACUGGGCACCAAGGCGCCGCGCAUCAACGGUGUGCGCACAUAUAGCGAGCUGGAGGACCGCAACCAGAUCGUCAUGGACUGGCACGCGUCGUUCACGCCCAACGACCUGGCGGACGUGCCAGCGGUGCUGCGCGAGAACCGCGUCAACCCCAAGGUUGUGCUGACUGUGCGCGUCGGCAAGGGCUUUCUCGGCGCCGGCAUGCCGAUCCUGGUCGAGAACAUGGUCUUCAAAGGCAAAAUGCAGGUCAAGCUGCAGCUGGGUCCGGUCUUCCCGCACGUGCGCACCGCCGACGUCUGCUUCCUCGAGCGCCCCACAAUUGACUUUACGCUCAAGCCCGUCGGCGGCGACACGUUCGGCAUCGACAUUGCGCACAUCCCAGGGCUGCGCACCUUCAUCCUCGACAUGAUCCACGCGACCAUCGGCCCAAUGUUCUACGCGCCCAACCACUUUACCGUUGACGUCGAGCAGCUGAUCAGCGGUGCUGUUGCCAACAUCCCGACGGCCAAGGGCGUGCUGAUCAUCCAUGUCAACAGCGCGCGCGGGCUGCCCAAGAUGGACACCUUCGGCAAGGCCGACCCGUACGUCCGCGUGUCGACCGUCAAGCACCCGGAGAUCGCAAGGCGCACCAAGACGAUCGAGAAGACACUGGCGCCGUCGUGGAACGAGACGCUUAAGCUGCUGAUCUACAGCAAGACCGACACGAUCAACCUCGAGGUCUUCGACUGGAACUCUGUCGGCAAGGACGAGAAGAUUGGUUUUGUCAGCUACCCGAUGCAGACGCUGCUCGACCAGGCUGAGACUGAGGGCAUCACGCUGCCGAUCAAGAUGGGCGAGAGCGAGCGUGGCCAGCUGUCCUUCGACAUGUCGUACUACCCGGUGUCGACGCGGACGCCGCAGGCCGCCACUGUCGACGCCGAGGGCAACCAGCUCGACCCGUCUGCCGAGGCCGCCGCCAUGGAGAGUGGCGAGGCCGGCGAAGGCAACAGCGACCUGGACACGCUCAUCGACUCCAACACCGGCCUUCUGCGGCUGUUUGUGCGCUCGGCCAGCAACCUGGCAAUGACGCCGGCGCUGGCGCGCAAGCUCAGCGUGCGCGCCGAGGCGUACCUCGACAAGGAGCUUGUGAUUGAAUGCCCCGAGAUCAAGGCCACGGAUGCGCCCGCGUGGGAGGUCGGCAAGGAGCUGUUUGUGCUGGACCGCGACACGGCCGUCAUCCGGCUGGUGCUGGUGGACACGGCGUCGGACCGCACGGUCGGCACGCUCAAGGUCAAGGUCGACGACGCCCUGCUGCACCAGACCGGCGAGAGCGGCAGCGACUGGUACAGCCUGGACGGCCACGUGCAGGGCAAAGUGCGCCUCAACGUCAAGUGGCGGCCGAUCCUCAUGGACCCCGAUGUCGCCAUGGGCCUGGGCCAGGGCAAGCGGCUGCCGGGCCCGCCCAUCGGCAUGGUCAAGCUGACGUUCCACGAGGGCCGCGGGCUGAAGAACGUCGAGGCCGCGAGCGGCAGCAAGUCCGACCCGUACAUGCGCGUAAUGGUGCAGAACCGGAUUGUCGCCAAGACGCGCUACAUCGCCAACUCGCUCGACCCCAUAUGGCACGAGACCCUGUUCAUCCCUGUGCACAGCCUCGGUGAGUCUCUGGCGCUCGAGUGUAUGGACUGGAACCGCUCCGAGAAACACAAGCCGCUUGGCGAGUCAAUGCUCAAGGUCAGCCGCCUGCUCGGCAGGAAGGCUGUCGAUGAAAAGGGCGAUACUGUGUUUGAGAAGGCCGCGCCCGUUGAGAUGUGGGCUGGCCUGCGCCAGCGUAACGGCAAGGUCAAGGGCGAGGUGCGCUUCCGUGCGACGUUCAUACCCGCGAUCAACUUUGACGACAUGCUGAGCGAAGCCGAGCGCGAGCGCGGUCUGCUGGAUAUGCGCAUCAACAACGGUGGCCUGGUUCUGGGCGACGAGGUGCCACUGACAGCCGGCUCGGACUCGUCCUCGGCCUCGUCUUCUGACGAGGAGGAUGAAAAGAAGAAAAGGGCGACUGCCCCUCACUUGCGCCCUGGCAUGCCAGUCAAGGUCGGCGACAAGCGCGAGCUCACGAGCAAUCUCCCCGGCGCGACCGCAGUCAACACGCCGCUGGAGGAGCAGGGUCCGACAACACCCGGCGGCCGGCAGCAGCAGCAGCAGCACCGUCUACCUGAAUCGAUCUUCUCCGGCAUGACAAACGGUGGCGGCGACAGCCUGUCACAGGCUCUGGCAAGAUACCCGCGGCUGCCCAACAUCGACUACAAGCAGUUCAAGGCCGGCGUCCUCUCAGUAGCAACAAUCGGGUGCCGUGGGCUCACCCGGCCCUUCGCCGGCGUCUUCGUCGACGUGUUCCUCAAUGGAAACAGCCAAGCGCCGGUGAUUGAGACUCUGCCGUCGCGGCGCCGCGGCUACGAGCACAUGUGGGCGGACGAGUUUGCACAAGUCGCUAUUGCCGAAGCCAAGCAUGACUCGCUGGUGUUUGAUCUCAGAUGCCAGCCGGCUGGCAGCAGCGCUAUUGACCGCGAGAGUAGUAGCAACAACGACCGCGAUGAGGAUGUGAUUUCUAUUGGUCGCGCGGAGUUCUCGAUGGUCGAGCUUCUUGAGAAGAAGCUGGUCAAUACGCCGGAGCCAUUCUGGCUGCCGCUGAAUGCCGGCACCGGCGAGGUGCUGGUGCUGAUGCGCUACGAUCCGGUGGAGGACCCGCAGCUUUUGCCCUCGGAGAGCAUUGCCGACCAGGGCCUGGUCCGCCUGCGCAUUGCGUCGGCCACCAACCUGCCGGCCGCCGACAAGUCGGGAACCUCCGACCCAUACGUCGUCGCACUGGUUGAUGGUGUCAAGGUAUGGGAGAGCCAGACGAUCAAGAAGACGCUCAACCCGCACUGGAACCAGCAAACCGAAGUUGGCAUCCGCCAGCGGUCCAAGACCGUGCUGACCCUCGAAGUGUACGACUGGAACCAGAUCCAAUCACACACGCUGCUCGGCACCACGACCAUUCCGCUCAAGGACCUGCCGAUUAACACGCCGGUCGAGAAGGACUACCCGCUGGCAUCAUCCAAGCUGGGCAACCACGGCUCGGCGUUGCAGCUCAAGUUCCAGUUCAAGCCCUGCUACGUUGAGCAGCAUGAUGCGUCGGGGCCGGUGCUCCUGGGUGUUGCCCAGACUGUUGUCAAGGCUCCCGUGACUGUCAUUAAGGGCGGCGCGAGCGUCGUCGGCAAUGUUGUCGGUGGCCUUUUUGGAAAGUUGGGCAGCAGGAAGACGCAGCUGCUGGGCGGCGGCAGCGGCAGCAGCAACAGCAAGCGCAGUGGCAACGAUGACAAGCACGAGUCGUCUCCGACAGCACUGCACGAACGCAAGCUGUCGGCUGCUGCCAUCCAGAGCAUUGCGACGGCAGCUAACAUGCCCGCUGAUCACUUCGAUGAGUCAAACCGGGGCCAACAAGCUUGGGCGGCCGACAUUGAUGCAGUAUCGCUGGCGUCCAACAACAACUCCCCCCUGGACAACGCUAUUGGUGCCCCAGUGGCUGACUCAGAUGCCGCGCUGGCGGCCAAUACGAUUCCGAUGCCGCGGCUCAGCGAGUCCCUCGACAGCUUCCCAGUCUCCGGCAUGCUUCAAGUAACGAUCGAGUCCGCCGAGCUCUGCGAAUCCGCAUUACACAGCCACAUCCUUGGCGGGCGCAAGCACAAUGUCAUGGUGACCAUCGAUCUGAACCGCAAGACAGUGCACAGGACGCGCGUCGAGAAGGAUGUCUCGGGAUCGCCAGCAACAGUAACGUUCCCGCAUGAGUGCUUCUUCCUGCCUGUUAUCCAGGGCGGCGCGCCCAUCCUCACGGUGGCAAUCAAGGACCAUUCGAGCUUCCGCGGCGAUAAGACACUGGUUGAGAUGGAGUACAAUGUGCUGGCGGAGCUGAGAGGCCAGCUGCUCGAGACGAAUGGCGCAAAGGCGGCAUCGGUCUCGAAGCGGUUGGGCACGGACACUGCCGCUGUGCUGAUGACCGUUGUGUUUACGAGCAACGGCUUGUCGGACGAGUCUGUGGAUAACAUGAGCGUGGCUGGGUCGACGCGUGGCCGCCAGGCGGGCGACAGACACACGCGCCGGAGCUCAGCGUUCAGCCGCAAGUCGCUAAAGUGAUAUUUUUUGGAUUGGUUGAUUGAUUGAUUGAUUUGUUGACA